GGGAGAUGCGCUCCUCCCGCACGGAGCGGUGCGUCGGGCGGCCGCUCCGGGUGCAGAGGAACAGGGAAGAUGAAGGCGGCUCUCGGGGUGCUGCUGCCGUACCUGGUGCUGCUGCUCCACACCGCAGCUGUGCCGAGGAAAGGGACCCCCAGGGCAGAGGCUGUGCCGGGGCAGAGCCUCUUAGAGGAGCUGGGACUUGGAGCAAAGAGGGAAAACGCGAGCAGAGCGCAACCCAGAUCAGCAGUGAGACCCAAGAUGAGCGUGGCUUCUCGCCUCCUCCUCGAGCCCGGCCCAGCAGUGAGCUGCACGCAGGCUGAUGGCUCCAGCCUGCAGCCCUGGCCCCUGGGGGGGCUGGAGGGCCCCGUGUGCCGCCUGAAGAUGGAUCGCAGCGAGGUCCCCCCGACCCACCUGGAGGUGGUGGGGGUCCUCACCCGCUACGAAAGCGGCUUCGUCAAGAUGCUGCGCGCCGGCUGGGAGCACCGCGGCCCCGAGACCUUCGGGCUGUGCCCAGGUGGGGAUGCGCAAACCGUGCUCCGACCGCUGCAGCACCUCCAGGAGCACCUGGCGGGGCCGGGCAUGGGGCUGGAGCGCUUCCUCGUCCUGCGCCUGGAGGAAGUGAAGUGGGAAGCGCAGGCCCGGCUCUGGUUCAGGCUGGCAUUCCAGGCGGAGGUGGGGCGGGUGCUGGGAGAGCUGCGUGUUGCUCUGCUGCUCUUCUACCCCGGCAGCCCCAUGGGGCGAGGGGCUGGGGGCCGCCAGGAGCUGCUGGUGAAGGGCACGGGGCUGGCCCAGGAGCAGAGCCUCUGCCUCACUGGGGACACCCAGUACCUGCUCCUCGGAGCCUCGGUGGCCGCUGUGACCCGCAGCAGCGAGGAGCUGAGCUUCCAGGCAUCCCUGGCCAUCAGGGACCGCGGGGAUGGAGCCGCCCCUCUGCCCCUCACGGAGACCCAGCAGCUCCUCUUCGGCUCGGAUGAGAAGUGCUUCACCAGGAUGACGCCGGUGCUGCUCCUGCUGGCCAGGUCACGGCCUGAGGACGAUGCUGCAGCGCCUUCCUCCUAUCUCUCUGCCAGCGGGGUGGUGGAUGUGGCUCCCUACCCACAACUCAGCCCGCCCCAUUCUGGCACCGCAGAGCUGCUGCCCCCCACCGCUCCCAGCCCGGCCAACACCACCUCCCCAACACCAGGGGACAGCGGGCAGUUCCUGAGCGUGCUGACCCUCUUCAUCCGCCGGGUGCUGAGCCUCCGCAGCGAACCCCCCACCCAGCCCAGCUCCCAGCACUGGUUGGACUUCCAGAUGAUGGAGACGCUCCCGCACCAACUGCUCAACCUGUCAGAGACGGCCGCCCUGGAGCGCCUGGUGCGGUCGGAGGAGCCCUCGGUGCUGCUUUUCCCCCAGGAGGGCGGCGUGGGGCUGGAGCAGCAUUUCGGGGACUGGCAGCCGGAGGGGACGGUGCUGCAGCUGCUGAUGGGCAAACUGCAGGAGGUGAUCCAGGAGCUGAGGGACAUCCCGGAGUUCCAAGCCAACACGGGGCUCCUCCAGCACCUCCUCAGCUUCUGCUACCACCCGCCGGGGCCGGCUGUGGGAGAGCAGCCGCCGGGAUCAGGGAAGCUGCAUGCAUUGCUGCUGCUGAAGGCGCUGCAGACGGUGCGGGCGCGCUGGCAGGAGAGGAGGAAAGUCCUGCGGCAAAACCGCAGCGCCCGGCACCAGGCUCACUGCCGGCUGCAGGAGCUGACCAUCGACCUGCGCGACCGCAACUUCAUCGUCAUGCCCACCAUCUACGCGGCCAACAACUGCGAGGGGCCCUGCAAGCUGCCCCUCUCCACCCGCGUGCCCGGCUACCACUCGCACACCGUGCUGCUGCUGGGCAUGCAGGAGCGGGGCUCGCCGCUGCAGCGCGCUCCCUGCUGCGUCCCCGUCCGCUACUCGGACCAGCUCAUCAUCAGCGUGUCGGCCGAGGGGCUGGAGGUGCGCAAGUUCCCCAACAUGGUGGCCGAGGAGUGCGGCUGUCGGUAGAGGUUCUCACCCUCAGCCCUCACACGCAGAGCUCCUGGCUGAGAUGGGAGCCUCCCUCCGAGCGCCUUUUCCUCCCGGUUUGCCUCCUCGCGUUGCUCUGGUUCUGUUUUUUUUCUCUGUGGGGCCGUGCUGCCCCACAUCCCCCUGCAGCGUCCCAUGGCCAUACCCAUCCCCGAGCCCUCGGGGGCAAAACCACUCUGCCGUUCCACGGGGUCCCAUCCCCACACUUGUCCAUGGUAACAGCCACAGUGCUGGGCUUGCUGCUGGGUGCUGCCGUGCUGCUCCAUGCCAUCACCGCUCCCCAGAGCACAGCAGAUCUCGUUACAUGUCCUAACAUUAAUAGUGUUAAUGACAUCAGCACACAGAGCCCAGCUGCCCUGUGCCAUCUCCCACUGAGCUCCAUGAGACCCCAUCACCGGGCUGAGCCCCUGCGGUAGGACAGGAGCACAGCCCCCACCCCCCCCACUCUGUGCUCUGCACUCCCUCUUCUUUUGACAGCACACAAAAGUAUCCAGAAACAUGAUAUAUAUAUAGAUAUAUAUUUUAAGACAUUCGAUUUAAUACCUUCUUAAAAAUGAACAUCAGUUUGUUUUAACCACCCUUGGUUUAGCAAAUACUCAAACCCGCUGCGGUCGGGGUCUCCUGGAGUUGCUGCAGCACUGCACGAUAGUGCUCGUGUGCUUUCUCCCUAAAAGCAGCUCUGUGGGGCAGGGCCCGGGCUGUGGUUCCGAAGCUUUGGGCCUCCUGCACUGGGGCCGUGUGUCCGUGAUCGGAGGGCAGCUUGGCUUCCUUCACCCAGAACACACUUCUCUCUUUGAUUUGUUUUCAAUAAAACCAUUCACUAAAUUCAA